UUCAUUGCAACGACGAGGCAGUGGAAGUGAGAGACGAAUGGAGAACGUCCUGCACUCAGACACGUCAAGCGCGACCACCAAGCACAUCGCCGCGAGCGUCGAAGCUCCCAACUGUCCAGUCCACAGCGUCGUCGUUUACACGGACAGAGCAGAGGUGUGUCGUACUGUGAAAGCUGACUUGCAAAGAGGUGAAAACGAGGUGACAGUAAGGAGACUGCCACCGGCCAUCGACCAGGACUCUAUCCGCGUGGAGGGUAGUGGCGGUGCGAUCAUCACUGAGGUGACGUACAGCUGUCGUGCAAAGGAGGAGAACGAGGAAGAGGUGGCGGGUGCGGACGCCAGACGUGCGGAGUUGAAGAAGCAAGAGGAUGAAUUGCUGCAGAGGGAAGAGGCUCUGAAGCUGGCAAACGAGCGGAUUAACAAGCAGAGGGACGUUCUAACUGGUUUGUCAAAUCACAUUGCAAAUGGGGGAGGAAAAAACAUGGAGGAUAGUGGAUCUUUCGUGUCUGCACUUGGAGGAGAGACUUUGCACGGUGUUACCAGGUUCUUUGAGUUGCACAGGAUACAGUCAGAGCGGCUUGAUAGUUCUCUUCGAGAUGUUGAAUCCGAGAUGAAGCAGGUCGAGUCUGAACUGAAGGCUGUGCGGGCGAAUCUCCAACAGUUGAUGCCCAGACCAGAAGAUGCCGACUUCUGCAGGGAAGUGAAAAUAGUGCUGGAAGCUGAGCAUGGCAUGCAUGUGCAGUUGCAGUUGUAUUAUGUUGUCACACAUGCCAGCUGGAUUCCACGCUAUGAUCUACGUGUGUUUAGUAAAGACAAGAAGAUUCAGAUAAAUUAUUUUGGAGUAAUUCAGCAGUCAACUGGUGAAGACUGGGAAAAUGCGAAACUUUCAUUAUCCACUGCUAUGCCCAGUGUAGGUGGCUCUCCACCAGAUCUACCAACUCACACGUUACAUAUCAAGCCUCCUCCAUCUCCAACUCUUCUCUAUAAACGGGGAAAAAAAGAAAGAGCUGUUGGCUCUGCAAAGAGCAAGAGAGCAUCAGAACGUUUCUCAACAGGAGAAGAGGACGAAGCAAUGAACUCGGAACUUGCAGGAGGUUCUUUUGGUGAACUUGAGGAAGGCCUUGACAUUGAAGCCGUUUCGCCUUCAACUCCACCUCCACAAUUGGCUCAGCCAACAGUAGAAGUGAAACACAGCAUCAUAAGCACUGCAUAUGAAAUUGCUCGGAGAUCAACAAUCAAAUCAGACAGUGCUGCUCAAAAGGUAACUGUUGCACUUCUUCACUUGAAACCUUCCUUCGAAUACGAAACAGUCCCAAAGCUGGCUGCUCAUGCGUUCUUAAAAGCAAGAGUGAAGAAUGAAUCUGAAUUUGCUCUUCUAGAAGGUCCGGCUAAUGUCUUCUUAGACAACAACUUUGUGUCAAAAACGAGCUUGAAGCCCGUUAGUCCAAAGGAAGAAUUUGAUUGUUCGCUUGGAGUUGAUCCUAGUGUUCGGGUGACUUACAAACCUGCUAAGAAAUUCCGCCAGCAGCAUGGCAUUCUCACUAACAAAACUGUGACAAAAGUUGAGCAGCACAUUGAGAUCAAAAACACCCGGCAGGAUUCUUGCAGAAUCAAAGUCACAGAUCAAGUACCUUUGAGUAGCGAUGACAAAAUCAAGGUGACAUCCGUCGAGCCUGAAUUCAGACGAGGUGAAAAGUCAAAAACACUAAGCGACGGCUCACAAGUGGUAAUAAGCAAGACACACAUUCUGGAAUGGAUGGUAGACAUCGAAGCAGGAAAAAGUCACAUGAUCAAGCUGCAAUACAACGUCGAACAUCCAUCCAGUGAGACAAUCUCUGGUCUGUGAAACAGAAACUGGCAAAAACGAAUUUGACUAGAAGAUGAAAUAUGGCUGAGUAGAGUAAGCUAGUAGCAGUUGCUGAUCGAAAUGCACAUGACGUCACAAAAUAUCUAUUGUACACUCAUUGAAUACUAGAAUGUGAGAGGCCAUGGAAGUGAA